AUGCUUAAGUGCUCCCUGCCAUUGUGCAACGCCAGAAAGCUGGCGUUGCGAUUCUUUCGCGAGGAACAACGAAAAAAUGCCAAUCUGGAGGGUCUGUCGGCUGCCCAGAAGGCAAAGGUGAUUAUGAAGAUGUUCAAACAACUCAAUGGACGCGACAUGGAAUCUCUUGAGCGGAGGGCCACUGCUUGGGAGGCCAAGAAAUCGGGCGGUGCUAGUGUUGCCGAGCCCCACCAUCGGCGGGGCGAGGUGACUCCCUAUGAAGUGUUCUUCAAGGAGCAGCUAUCGAAUCCCUCCAUCGCGUCCAUUACGUCACCGGGAGUGCGUGAGCGUAAGCUGUUCGCCAUUUACAACUCGCUGCCGGAAAGAACGCGGGAGGCUUACGAGCAACGUGCUCGGGAAAUUUCGCGGAGCGAUGGUGCAAAAGCUUUCCCCGCCUAUCGAACACCGGUGUUGCUAUCGAAGGAGAAGGCACCAGCUAGGAAGAAAAAGAAGGUGAGUGGCAAAAACAAAAAGAAAAAGACAAUUCCUAAGCGGAAAGAGCCUUCUGGCAAGUCUGCCGCCUCACCGUAUGCCACGUUCGUGAAGGAGCAGAUGCCCCACGUGAAGCAUAUCCCGCCUAGAGAGCGAAUGAAGGUGAUCGCUGAGAAAUGGAAGGCGUCGAAGGCACCAGCCACGUCUGAAAAAAUAGCACCACCCGAAGGUGCUGCGUUUGCCAAUGGUGCUGAUGCGGAUGUUGCUGCGACUUCAGCUACUGCUACGUCUGAUGCCACACCAAAGGUAUGA